AUGUCUUCCUCAGACUCCGCAGCAUCGCCUGACCAGAGCCUCAACACAAUUGUUGUGGCCACGGAGGAGGUGACUGGGACAAUGAACAGCAGCGGAGUCACUGGAGGAGAAACCACGACGGAUCUGAACACCAACACCAGCGACGGUAGCCCACAUGGUGUGGCAUCACCUGAUGUUCCUCCUCCUAGUCCAGCCAAGUCCACCGGAGACAGCAGCAACAACAGCAGCGGAGACAGUGGAGGAGGGAUCUCGACGGAUCUGAACGUGCCCUUGAGUCCUAGCAAUCUCGAUUCAGUCACUAGUGACGCUCCUCUUUCUCAUGCUCCUCCUCCUCCAGCCACCAAUCUUUCCAAUGAUGAGAAUGUUGCGAGCUCUAGUUACUCGGAGAAGCCAAAGCGAAAACAUGAAAUCCGUCUUUUUGGGAUCACGAUAACUAAAGAGGUGGAUGAAGAUGAGGCUUCACCUGGAAGGACUUGA